AUGUACUGUAGCCAACUAGUUGCUGUGACUACAGUGGUACUGAAGCUGAAUUGCUCAUGUGAUGGCUGUAUCAAGAGGAUUUACAAGACUAUCCGUAACACCAAAGGAGUGUAUCAGGUCAAAAUGGACAAGGAGAAGGAAACGGUAACAGUCAUGGGGGCGAUGGAUGUUAAGAAUGUGACAGAGGAUGUGAAACGUAAGCUGAAGAAAACAGUCCACGUCGUGCCUGAGAAGAAGAAGAAAGAGAAAGACAAUGCAGAGGGAAUCACCAAAGUCGGGUCUCCGUUUCUACCUUGUUAUGGUUGCACUCAUGGGUUUGGGCCUUACCGGUUCCCAGAAGGCCCAAUGACUGGUUUUUUCAGUGAGGAGGAUCAGAGCUUUUGCAGCGUUAUGUGA